AUGUACGCUUCUGUCAUCAUUUAUACUCUCGUCGCCCUGUGCGGCGUCAUGGCAUCCCCGGUUCAAGAGGCCGAGGUUGCACCCCGAGCUAUUGAGCCUCGCAUGCCUACCUUCGCAGAUAUCCCGUUUCCGAGGUUCCCAUCCCACAACAAGAAUCACCACAAUGAAAAGGAUAGCAAGGGCAAGGGCAAUGGCAAGGGCGUCGACAAGAACAAUGGCGGUGGCUGUGACGCUGACUCAGGCACAAACACUCAGCUGAAUGCCUGCUCUGCCGGUAGUCCGUACUGCUGCAGCAGCGAUGGCAACGGUGGCCAUAUCUGUUCAAACACUACUGCAUGUGACCAAAAAGUUAUUUGCUGCAACAAUAACAACGGUUUCCAAAUCUGCAUCGGCGAGAUUGAUUUCAACGUGCCAGUCACCAUCAACAUCAUCUAUGAUUAA